GUCACCGGGCAGCCGCCGCUCCCAGCCCCGUGUGCCCGCUACUUGGGCGCCACCCUGCGGCGCAGCGCCGCAGCGCCUCCCGGCCGCUCCCAUUUCCUGCUGCUCCCAGACGCGGUCAGCUCUGCACGUCGCUGCCCCAAUAAAGCAGCGGGAUGAAUGGAGGUUUAAGUACUCACUGGAGGUCCUGUAGUCUGUAGAAGAGAAAGAGUUGCAGGAGUGAUAUCGAAUAAAGAGCGUCAAGAGCUUCCCGAUGCGGAUACAAAAAAUAAAAGACCCUCUGAAGCUGACAAUCCACAAAACAUCUCAAGAGACAUUAUGGAAGGCUGUUUUUAGCUCCAGCAACUCGCUGAGACCUCGACAAAGAUUGUUAAUGAUUUUUUUUGCUAUGCAAUAUCUCUACAAACUUGUGCACUUUUAUUUCUUGGAUGCACAGUGGAUUAUUUUGCUUUUGGCUGAGUUGGCUCUUCACUGUCUUCAAGGUAAAGCGCUUCAGUACUUUUGCUCAACAAAAGCACAGGACUGAAACUUUUUUUGUUAAGCUCUCCCUGCUACAAGGAACAUUUCAGUUCAGCUUUUAGUGCUGGGCUUUGUCGCCGGAAAUGACUGUAGUGGCUGAAGUUCCUCAUAGCCUGAACGCAGAACUGCCUUCUGGCUUGUUGCACUGAGGAAACUCUUCAUAGCAUGCGGUGGCUUUUUGCACUGGGAAGUAUGCAGAACCCAAGUGCACAUGAAAACACAGACUUGCAGCCCAGGGUGCCUCAUGAGGAGCAGAAUUAUGGAGCUACUGCAGCACGGGUGAGACGAGGUCCACAGGUGCCAGUGUCAAGGAACAGUCCAGCAAAGAGAGAUUACCUGAUAGUUGGUGUGCUGUGCUAUGCAAACCUAAUAAAUUUCAUGGAUUGGUUUAUUGUACCAGGGAUCUUGUUAGAUAUACAGAAAUACUUUGAACUUCGCGACGAGGGUGCAGGCCUGCUGCAAACAGUCUUCAUCUUGUGUUACAUGCUGGCUGCUCCCUUCUUCGGAUACCUUGGUGACCGAUACAAUAGGAAAGUCAUCCUUGGAGCUGGUAUUUUCUUCUGGUCUGCUGUAACAUUAGGAACUUCAUUCAUCAGUGAAUCAUAUUGCUGGAUAUUCUUUCUUUCACGAGGACUGGUUGGCAUUGGCACAGCCAGUUAUUCCACAGUAGCUCCUACCAUCAUUGCAGAUCGGUUUGAUGAGGGAAAAAGGACCACAAUGUUGUCUGUCUUCUAUAUCUGCAUUCCAGUGGGAAGUGGUCUUGGUUACGUCCUGGCGUCCAGCAUGGCACACGUCACAGGUGACUGGCACUGGGCCUUCAGGGUUACUCCUUGCAUGGGAGGUUUAGCUCUGGUUCUUCUGAUUCUGCUGGUCCCUCGCAGGGUCCAGAGAAGGACAGAGGCACACAGAGCACUGAGCAUCCAUGGCUCUUCACGAGUAGCAGCCGAAAAACCUGGUGCACAGGGAGAUGCCAAGACUUCUUGGUGUCAAGAUAUCACAUCACUUGGCAAGAAUUGGAGCUUUGUCUGGUCCUCGCUGGGUCUGACUGCCAUGGCCUUCGUCACUGGAGCGCUGGGGCUGUGGGUACCAAUGUUCCUUUACAGGGCUCAGGUUGCCCUGGGCAUUGUGCAGCAGUGCCUGGAAAAAUCAUGCAAUUCAUCUAACAGCCUAAUAUUUGGAGGCAUCACCAUUGGGACGGGAAUCCUGGGUGUCAUUGCUGGGGCAGAAGCUGCAAGAAGACUAAGGAAAACCAACAGCAGAGCUGAUCCUCUGAUCUGUGCCACAAGCAUGUUUGUUUCUUCUCUGUGCCUCUACGUAGCAAUCAUGGUGGCCCAGAAGAACAUCCUUUCCACUUUUGCUGCUACAUCGCCCGUCCUGAGCACCUCCUUCACUUCUCUUUUGCCAUUAAAGGUGCAGUGCCCAAUCAGAGCUGUCUUUGGUUUGCCAGUCUGUAUUAGUUGAGUGAAUCAAUGCAGUAAUUAGAACCAGUUCUAAUUACCCUUUUCAAACCAUACCUUUUAUUAGGGUGAAUAAAACAAAAUUUGUUUUAAAUAUUUCUCUCCUUGCAAUCAGCUUUCUAUCUUCAUGCUGUUAUCAGGGGGGAAACUGUAAACCAGGAUGUGGAUAGCUGGAUUCUUUAGGUUUCUUCAGUUAGUCCCAUAAACAGGGACUUUGCCAUUGUAUCUUUUGUUUGAUGUUUUUGCUUCAGGUGUUCCUACAUGUAAUGCCAGCAGUGUGCAGGGGUAACAAAUCAUACAUAAUCCUAAGCACCUUUUUCUUCUAAUAUUUUUGCCACAUGGCUGUUUAACCUCUGCCUUCUUUGGCACCAGCCGUGCCUCUCCUUGCUUCCCAAACAGGAUCUGACACGAGUCAUACUGGUGUGGGAAUUGGAGUGGCAUGCCAGCUGGUGCACCUAAUCCGAGGGUUCCCGUGAAACAGAUCUUCUAUUUGUGUAGGACUCUGGCAGGAAGCUGGCUUUCCAGUUGCUGCCUAUCCAAGCACUCCAAUGUGAGCAGACCUGUCUCCAUCACUUCACUUCAGUGCAGAGGUCACUGGGGCAAAAAGACCACGUGCACUAGCUUGCAGUUGUAGUAGUUUUUAUAUGGUGCUUUCCACUGACUUGAGUGAAUAAUGAAAGGGAAUGAAUGGGUGUCCUCAGCUAUGGACAAAGCUGGAAUAAAAGUUUGAAAGCUCAGGAAUUCUUGAGUUAACGCAUAAAUAUUGCAGGACUUCCAGGUCUCUGUUGGAGUAGAUGAACUGAAAUGUCAUGAGGUUUCUCUUUCUGGACACGCAGUUCUUGGUUCCAAAAGCUCUUUGAGAAGGCAGAGAAAAUGAUCUGGCUUUGUUAUCACAGAGGAGGCUCUGUCUACACCUUUUUCUCUUUCCAAAAGUAGACAAAUAUGCUGUCUGCAGUGCAGCAGGUGCUUUGGAAAGUCACAUCUGAAUCCUGCAUCUGAGAACUUUGGACUGUAUUUGGUGCUGAGGGAACUUUAAUUGAAAUGGACUUAGCUUUAAUGGUAUUGCUAUAUGAAGACACAGUCUUGUCCUGCAAAUUGCCUUUGGAGGAGACACUGCAGCUCUUGUCUCUGAUACACCUGUGUGGUGUGGAGCUUUUGAAAAAAUUCAACCAGACAACACAUGGUCCAGCCAUGCUAACUCUUCUUUUUGUCUAGACAUGUGACUGUUUAAAAGCAGAACCUGUGUUUGAUGUUAAUUACAAUCCAAUUCUCUUCAUAUUGGCCUUUCAUAAAUGGCCAUCUACAAAGAAAAUCUCCUUAAAAUUUGGGAACUUGCUCUGGUUACAUCCUUUGAAAACCAACUGCAAGCAUUCUGUCCCUUAAAAAGUUGUCCUGGAGAAGGUGACAGCAAUAAAACAGUGCUUCUGGAUACACUUAGCAGAUUAGAAUGGGGAUGUCACAAAAUUGAUUGCAUGAAUUUAUUGGAAACUUUUUCUGUAUUAAUUUAAAAGAAGAACUUGAGACAGUACAAGGAAUAUUGAGAGGUUGUAGAACCAGAAGGAUAUGCCUUAAAUAAAGCACUGCUUUCCUGCCAUCAUAAGCACUUCUCCCUUGCCAAGUGCAGUACUUCCAGGACAUCUUCACCUGUUUUAGAGAUAAAACAGCAUACAACUUUCUCAUAUUUAUAGAUUGCAACUGUUUUGCCGUUGGAUGGAUGAGAAUGCCAGCUAUUCAACCAGACUGCAUUUAUUCUGCAUGAGAAAGUAUAAAAUUGAUAUUGAUUUUAGACAGAAUAUGUUGGUAUAAUCUGUAGAAUGAUUUAUUGUUUUCUCUUUUUUUUUUCUGAUGCCCUGCAACUGCAAUCCACAGAAAACAUUAGGAGAGAAAGAAAAGCUAACAAAGCUGCAUCUCAAACAUAACACAAUUCCAUGUGAAAUAAUUCCUCUCUGCAGUAUGAGAUCUUAGCCACUAAGUAUCACAUCCACUUAGCAUGGACAGCUUUUCAUUAAUUCCCAUUCCUUCAAAGUCUGUGUUGAGAACAUAACUGGUUUCCUAAAGAUAAAUUUUACACUCUUUUCUCACACUUGGCAUGGUAUGCUCCUGUUCUUAGGGGCUUGAAGAGAUUAAAUGACUUAAAAAAUCAUGAAGAAAAAGGCAAAUAUGAAACAACUCUGUAAGUACUAAAUAAAUAAAGGAGAUGGAGCGUUAAGGGGAUUGAGCAAUCUGUUACUUGGUGUGUCAAGGCAGGCAGUCACACAGUCCAUUGAUGAUAUAGAGGAACAGAUGGGAGACUUCAGAACCUUACCUUCUAACCAUUUUAUUUUCAUCCUGUGUUAUCUAGAGUGUCAGCUAGGAUUCAGAUACACCUCUUUGUUCUUUGUUUCCCUCCUGCUUCCCUUUGACCUCACAUAUCUCUUGUUAGCUAUGGCAUGACCAACAGAAUUUAGGUAAACUCACGCUGUUAUCACUGUAUAGCAAUAAAACUGCACUUCUACAUCUGUCCAUAAUUUCCCUAUGAGCACUGCUUUGACUGCUUCAUAGGCUGUGUGUCUGCGUUAAACAACAGCAUGUUUCAGGUCAGGGGAAAAAAGGAAAAGAAGGUCCUUGAUGAAUUUGGAUCUUCCAAGAGAGACCUGGAGAGCACCAGCUGGAGAUUAGAUGGUGAAGGGCUGAUAUUUGAGGUGGUUUGACCUUGUUGGUCCUUAUUUCUGUGCAGCUCGGCAGUAAGUGUGGUAUUGCUAACCACGUUACCAACACACUUCAUUUUGGGUUUGGCCCACAGUUUAUUUUCCAGGUGCCAUCUGACACGGAGGCCUGUGCCACUAAGCAGAGUAUGCCUUCUAGAAGAGCUCCCUCUUUGCAGUGUAGCUUUAAUGCUUUCUUCAAAUAUUGACUAGCCUGCUCAAAUCCAUGACCGGGUCUGGCUGAGAGGGUUAAUCUCUUCUAAGACAAGCAGAAGAACAGCAGGGGGCCCUUCCCCUUUUUCCUGAUGACUGAGUUUCCAUCUGUGAUGAGUUAUGGAAUUCCCAUAGGGCACCAAGUCUUGGAGGCUGCCUGACCAUAGGAGUCCAUUUCGCUUCAGAAGCUACCUCUCUGAAGGAGCCUUUAACAGUACUUUUACCAGCACAGAGAUAUUCAACUGAUUUCAUUUGGAAACUGUGUAAAAGCAGAUCUUUGAACACUUUAUAAAACCUGUGCUGGAGGUUUCCCUUCACAAGAUUUGCUUUCCUCCUCUUGGGCUCAGCAGUUCAGUCCAUACAAUUUAUUAAUGAGACUGCUUCUGUAUUUCUCCCUUUGGCUCUUUAGGUGAGUAUUAGCCACACAAAGCAACUCACAUACCUUCCCUGGUUCCUUUUUCCAUAUUUAAGAUGAACAUAGUGGUUGUAAGCAUAGACAUAGUUUAAUUCAUAAAGAGAGGGGUAUGUACAGCAGCUCGUCGAGAUAGGUACAGUUAAUGAGACUGCCUUCAUCUUCAUGCUAAGGAAUGUCAGUGUGUCUGUGUAGUCACUGCUUUCUUCUUUU